GCGUUUGGAGCUCCAAGUAUAUUGACGCCUUUACCAGGUUUUUAAUAAGUGCCAGAGGAUCCAAACUAAUCCCAAGUGCCCAACAAUGCAACUCAACGAGCACCUGAAGAAAGUGAUGAAAAUACUGAUAUUUGCCUUCCUCUGCACCGAAAUGCAGACAACCUUUACUCAUCGCGAACUGACUAAACAACACAGCAUUGGCACAUCUAACCCAACAACUGGUGGCAAGCAGCACAGCAGAGCACCUUAUCAGGCCUCCAUACGGCUGCUGGAGCAGGAGAUGGAUUACUUUGGCAAGGGACAUAUCUGUUCCGGAGCGUUGGUGGGUCCAUCUGUUGUGCUCACCGUCGCCCAGUGUCUGCACAAGUCGGAUAGUGAUAGCUCUUAUCAUCCGGCGGAGCUGCGUGUUGUGCUGGGCAGCAGGCAGCGUUUUGCGCCGACAACUCAUGCUCAGGUCUAUGGAGUGACACACGUUUAUCUGCCGCCCAAGCAGCUGUCGAUUGCGAUACUGAUGCUGGAUCAGGAUGUGCCCGCUCAUCAAGCAGCCAUUCAGCCGAUUGCACUGCCUGUGGAUGCGCAGGUCUUGGAUGGGGAUGCGGCGCCGUUGCACAUCAGCAGCUGGGGACAGGCUGGCGAGGAUGGACACGAGCUGCACGAGAUGCUCACGUUGCGUGUAAAGGAGUCGUCCUGCCAGCAGCCGCAACAGCUGUGCGUCCUCUACGAUAACCAGGCAAUGCUGGCCGCAUAUGAACUGGAUGCAGGUGCUCCGCUAACCAAAUCGAAUCAACUGCUUGGCCUGCGCAGUGAGUCGACCGCUUUUGUCGAUGUCGCCAGUCACGUGGAGUGGAUCCAGGCCCAGACUGGCAAUGGUUGCAAUCAGAACAGCUCCAUUUAUGGCAUUCUGGGCUUAAUUGUCUUUACAAUCUAUGUGCUCAGUUGUAGUCGCAAGAGCUUCAUCUCCUGAGCUGGACGACAGUGAAGAGCAUUGAUGAUGAGGAGCAUUGGUUUAAUAGCUUUGAUUAGACAUUUAUUUUAUUUUAAGUUCAAAUGUGAUAAUCUCUAUUAGGGGUAUGCCAGAAAUGACAAACUUUUCUAGUUAAUAAUUGAAUCCAUCUGAUGUCUGUUCUAAGUAAUUGUAUCUGUUUCUAUUUUACACUUCAGAGACUACCCCUCAUAAAGAUAUGUGUUUUUUUUUUUUUACUUUUUUUUCAUUAGAAUAUGCAAAUAGAAUAACAAAUAUAAAUAUUAUAUAACUUGUUAAAGCACAUACAAAUUGACAAUUAUUAUUUUUAGAAUAGGUUGCCAAAGGCGACUGAUUAUACGUACUGAAAGCAAAAAUGUAUUUUAAGCUGUAAAAUAUAGGAGAACGGGACACUAUUUAAAGUGUUCAAGGAUUUGGACAAUCUGUACGCAAAAGUUGAAAGUCAUAUUUCAUAGCUCAUCACCAUCAUCAUCCCCAAAAAUGUGCAUCAUUAAUAUAAUUGAAGUAUAAUUGAACAGACUAAAA